UAAUUUACUCAAUCAUACAAUUAAGCUAAUUGAAAUUGAAUAAGUAUUUUCCAUUUUUUCUUCUACAAUCGCCAACUGUCACAGCUAAUUGCGUCUAAUACGGUAACGACGUCAGCUCAAUCGGUAAUCGGCGACAAAUUCAAUCACUAAAUUCUUUCAAAUUUCUCCGACUCCGUCGUCGUCUCCGAUUCCAACAACCCUAAUCCCCUUAAGAACAAAAUAAAUUAGGAUUAAUUAAGGGUUAGGGUUUUCAGGAAUUAAAUUCAGUUGAAUUGUUAAUUCCGAUCGAUUUUUCGUUGAAAAAAGGGGGAAAGCAAAAUAUGACGAGGAUGGCGAGGAGUUGUAUGCAGUCAUUGUUGAAAUUAGUGAAUUCGGUUAUUGGAAUGGUAGGAAUUGCGAUGAUUUUGUAUGCUCUUUGGAUGUUUAGGGUUUGGCAUAAGCAAAUGGGUCCUUAUCCUCCUCCUUUCUUUGGACCUGAUGUCCCUGCACCAUGGUUCAUUUACGCAACACUUGGUCUUGGAAUAACUUUGUCUAUAGUCACUUGCUCGGGUCACAUUGCUGCAGAAACUGCUAAUGGCUGUUGCUUAUAUAUUUACAUGGUUUUUGUCUUCCUACUUCUCAUGAUCGAAGCAGCUGUGACGGUAGAUGUAUUCCUUAACAGAAACUGGCAAGAGGACUUUCCCGAGGACACGACGGGGAAUUUCGAUGAGCUCAAACACUUUGUAAAAGAUAACUUUGACAUCUGUAAAUGGAUUGGCUUGUCAGUAGUGACUGUGCAGGGGCUAACCAUAUUAUUCGCAAUGAUCCUCAAAGCUCUAGGACCACAUCAGGAAAGGUGUUAUUAUGAGAGCGAUGAUGAUUAUAUUCCCGACAGAGUCCCACUGUUGAAGAGUUAUGUUCCUUCAUCUUCUUAUGUUGUCGGUGACCCUAUGUAUGGACCUAAGAAUGAUGCUUGGAAUAUCAGAAUUAACAGCAAGGUAGCCAGAUGAGCUCCAAGUUCAGUUAAUCAAUCAGCAAGAACCAAAUUUGCGAUACAAUCGUUCGCAUUGUGAAGAAUGUGUUUUAAAGUUGAAGGUGGAAUUAACCAUUGGUAGAAUUCGUAUAAACAUAUGCAGUGCUUGUAUAUUCCCGAUUCCAUAUACUCUUUACACUUGUUGGACAAUGUGAAAAUUUAGCUGUCAAGUGUCGAAAAAUGCCUAGUUUAAUCGCUUUAUGUUUAUAUUAUUAUAUGGUAAUGUAAUAGUAGAAUCAUGAAGUUUACUAAGUACAAAAAAGAAGAAGAAAUCUCAUCGUUGAAUUCUUUUGCUGUAUUUACUUAUUUGUUUGCCCCUAUUGUUGAGUAACAAAAUCAAUCAAUACUUGUGUUAUAUUAUAAGUAAAA